UAGUUGCAUUCAUCUUAAUUUGCCGCCAGUAAUUAUUUUGUCAUCUUUGAUUUCACAAAUGGCAUUUUAGUGCAUAUCAACAAUUAUUUCGCAGCACAUACUAAAUUUCGUGUCAAUAAAAUUUCAGUGCUACACAAUAAAUAAAUAUGACAAAAGUUCCAAUAGAAUGGAAGAGACGUGUUAAAACUGAAUACAUGAAAAUUAGACAACAAAAGCGGUAUAAAAGAGCAGAUGAAAUCAAAGAAGCUUGGAUCAAAAAUUGGGAAGAACAUAACUAUAAUGUUCAAGACUUGUAUUGCGAGCCAAAAGUUUGGCAUGCGCAACCAUAUGAUCCUCCGCAUUUGGAUUGUAUAAAAAGAGCAGAGGUAUCUGCCUACAAUGGUGCAGGACCACAAAGGGUACCUAUUUGUAUAAUAAAUGCUGUUACACCAAUACCUACAAUGUAUACUUGGGCGCCAACACAGCAAAACUUCAUGGUUGAAGAUGAAACUGUGCUACACAACAUCCCGUAUAUGGGGGACGAAGUACUAGAUAAAGAUGGUAAAUUCAUUGAGGAGUUGAUAAAAAAUUAUGAUGGUAAAGUGCAUGGUGAUAAAGAUCCAUCGUUUAUGGAUGACGCUAUCUUCGUUGAAUUGGUACAUGCUUUAAUGCGUAACUAUAAUAAAGAAGAAGAAAUAUCUGUUGGCUUUGGUGUUGGCAUUACUAAAUCGGAAACACCAAAAACUGAAACCCUUCCCAGGGAUAACAAAUCGAACUAUAAAGUCAUUGAUGGCGGAAAUAUUCAAUUGCUUGAAGAAAGCGAAAAUACAAAAACGAGUGAAGAACAGAUGCAAAAAGAAAAAAUGCCCUUCCCAACUCCUAUUAUUUUUCAAGCCAUCAGUUCAAAUUUUCCAGAUAAAGGAAAUCCCCAAGAAUUAAAAGAAAAGUAUAUUGAACUGACCGAGCACCAGGACCCGGAGAGGCCGCAAGAAUGCACUCCUAAUAUUGAUGGUGAAAAAGCUGAAAGUGUGUCACGCGAGCGUACAAUGCAUUCAUUUCACACCCUAUUUUGCCGACGUUGUUUUAAAUAUGACUGUUUUCUACAUCGUCACCAAAUAAACGGCCUUCAGGUGGGACACGCAGGACCAAAUUUACAAAAACGGCGUUUUCCUGAGUUGAAACCAUUUACCGAACCAUGCAGUAAUGCAUGUUAUAUGUUAUUGGAUGGUAUGAAAGAAAAAUUAGCUGCUGAUAGUAAAACUCCUCCAAUUGAUUCUUGCAAUGAAGCUAGCUCGGAAGACAGCAAUGACAGCAACAGUCAAUUUAGUAAUAAGGACUUCAAUGCAGAUAAUGGAAAAGAAAAUAGUAUCGCUGUUAACAGUGCUGUUUCUGCAGAAAUCAACUCCAUAAUGGCUGGAAUGAUGAAUACAACAAACUCAAAAUGUGACUGGACUGGCGCAGAUCAAUCUUUAUUUCGAACCUUGCACAAAGUAUUUUUGAAGAACUAUUGUGCUAUUGCCCAAACUAUGCUUACAAAAACAUGUCAACAGGUGUAUGAGUUUGCUCAAAAAGAGGAAGCAGAAUUUAGCAUUGAGGAAUUACGUCAAGAUUAUACUCCACCACGUAAAAAGAAAAAGAAGCAACGUCUUUGGUCAUUACAUUGUAGAAAAAUUCAAUUAAAGAAAGAUUCUUCCUCAAAUCACGUGUAUAACUAUACACCUUGUGAUCAUGCUGGCCCUUGCGACAUGAAUUGCUCAUGCAUUCAAACUCAGAACUUCUGCGAGAAAUUCUGCAACUGCAGUAGUGAUUGUCAAAAUCGUUUUCCAGGUUGUCGAUGUAAAGCACAAUGUAAUACGAAGCAAUGCCCAUGUUACUUAGCGGUGCGUGAGUGUGAUCCAGAUUUAUGUCAGGCUUGUGGUGCUGAUCAAUUCAAACUGACAAAAAUAACUUGCAAGAAUGUAUGUGUGCAACGUGGACUACAUAAACAUUUAUUGAUGGCACCUUCUGAUAUAGCGGGUUGGGGAAUAUUUCUUAAGGAAGGCGCUCAAAAAAACGAGUUUAUUUCAGAGUAUUGUGGAGAAAUCAUAUCGCAAGAUGAAGCCGAUCGAAGAGGCAAAGUUUACGAUAAAUAUAUGUGUUCGUUUUUAUUCAAUCUCAACAAUGAUUUCGUAGUUGAUGCUACGAGAAAAGGAAAUAAAAUACGUUUUGCCAAUCAUUCAAUUAAUCCGAAUUGCUAUGCCAAGGUAAUGAUGGUAACGGGAGAUCAUAGAAUUGGAAUAUUUGCUAAACGCGCAAUUCAACCUGGAGAAGAGCUGUUCUUCGAUUAUAGAUAUGGUCCUACAGAACAGCUAAAGUUCGUAGGUAUAGAAAGAGAAAUGGAAAUAGUAUAAUGAAAAAAUAAGACAUCAAACAAUAUUUGAAUAUCUUUUUGAUUUAUUAUUAAAAUAAACAAAACUUAA